AUGGUGCGGGGUCCCUUGGUGGCCCUGGCUGCGCUGUCUGGUACAGCUGCGGGAAUGGGAUUGGGUCAUAGCAUGACUCCGUUCACGCGGGAUAUAAAACUUUCAGCUGAGCUGGGUAUUCACCCGGAUAUUUUGCUCGGCCAGCGCACCUCUGUGCACGCUGUUGCUAGCGCUUCCCUUGAGGAGACAAUCCAGGCGGAAUAUGCUUCGCUUCCCAUCGAUCAUGGCAAUCACUCCGUGGGAUUCUACCAGAAUCGGUACUGGGCUUCAACAAAGCAUUACAAAGAAGGAGGACCUGUCUUUGUGUAUGAUGUCGGGGAGGCAGCAGCGGAAACCUCAGCCCAAACCCAUCUGGGCAAUUCGUCUUCUUUCUUCUAUCAAAUACUUGAAGAAUUCGGUGGUGUUGGUAUUGUCUGGGAACACAGAUACUAUGGCGAUUCACUGCCAUUCCCCGUCAACAAGGAUACGCCACCGGAACACUUUCUAUACCUGAACAACCACCAGGCUUUGGCGGACAUUCCAUACUUUGCGCAGAACUUCACUCGUGAUAGCCUCAAGGAUAUUGACUUGACCUCGUACGCACAGCCUUGGGUCAUGGUGGGAGGAUCCUAUGCCGGCAUGCGUUCUGCCUUUACUCGCAACCAGUACCCCGACAGUAUCUUUGCCUCUUAUGCAUCGUCCGCCCCGGUUCAGGCGAAAAUCGACAUGAGCAUUUAUUUCGAACAGGUAUAUGCUGGACUCGUUGCGUACGGAUACUACAACUGCACUAAAGAUAUCAAAGCGGCAUUAGAAUACAUCGAUGGGCAGCUGUCCAAGAACAGAACCACAGCGGCGGCUGUCAAAAAGCUAUUCUUUGGUGAGGGCGCCGAAGUCAACAGCAAUGGGGAUUUCACUGCAGCGCUCUCCAGCAUCUUUAACUAUUUCCAGUCAUACGGCUUGGGUGGUGGAAUUGCUGGUCUGUCGUCGUUCUGCGAACACAUGGAGACCGACGAGGUGACGGGACAUCCGGCGCCACCUGGAGGAUUCGCUCGCUUCCGGGGUAAGGAGUAUGCCGCCAAGCGGUAUGCCUCAUGGCCGGUUUUCACAGAACUGGUCAACUUCAACUUCGAGACCAACUGCAAGAAACUGGAUCCAAGCAAGGACCUCUCCUGCAUCUUGGCCGCUCCGUCAGUUGACCCAGACACCAUCAGUUGGACAUGGCAAUACUGCGACGAAUGGGGAUACUUCCAGACCAUCAACAAAGGUCCUCACACCCUUCUUUCCAAGUACCAGUCACUCGAGUACGUGCAGUUCGCGUGCAACCGACAGUUCCCGGAAGCCGUCAAGAAGGGCCUGCUGCCUAAACACCCCCGAGUGAAUGAGAUCAACGAAGAGACCGGCGGGUGGACAAUUCGUCCGUCCAACGUGUACUGGAGUGGUGGACAGUUCGACCCGUGGCGCACACUCUCACCUCUCGCAACAGGAGCCCUCGCUCCGCAACAUGUGGCGUUCACCACGGACAUCCCGAAAUGCAACGUGGAGACCGAGGAAGACACGCUGUUCGGGUACAUCAUGGAGAAUGCCGAGCACUGUUUCGACUUUCGCACUUCAUUUGAGCCGGGUAAGGUGUCCCGAGGCCACUUUCACAAGGCGUUGAAAGAGUGGUUGCCAUGCUUCAAGCCUCAGGAGCACUAA